AUGUUGCACUCUAAUGUUUCUGGCUCGAUCCAUGUCGCUGAGAUCGACGAAAAUGUGGGCAUCUCGAGCACAGAAAGGAAACAUGUAUCGAGUUUCUUGGGCCCGAAAUGGGGCAAACGGAAGAUCCUGCCGCAUGGAACUCCGGCGCUGGAAUUACAGCCUUUGCAUCCAAACUCUAUAAGGCCUCUACGUCCCGUGAGGGCUAGGAUGAAGCAUGGUCCUGAACCUCUCGGUGAGGAAACUUUUAACCUGCUUAACGACUUAAAUGAAAGGAUGAUGCGAAGUACAAGACUUUUGAACACAUUUGAUCUUAAAGCUCGAAUUAGUGACGAAUUUGCUGUGGAAUCUACACCUCUUCGGCCUUCAAGGGCUCAUCCUUUUGUACCUGUUUCGACCAUCAGAUCCUUGCAGCUGCUUCCUCCAGCAGAAAAACUAGAUCUGUCUUCGCUGCGCCGUAAUCCUCCCACAAACUUCAGGUCAGCCCCCUUUUUCGAUUCAGCUCGCCAUGACAGAGCUCUGGAACCUGACGAUUACGAGGGUAUUUGUAUUGCCAUAAUAGGGCAAGAAAUUGGACGAGUCGUGUACAAGAGGGAGCCCGUAUUCUACAGAAAGCUUGAACUUCAAGAAAGACAAGACCUGACUCAAUGGUUUGAUUGGGUGCUGUACUACACUUUGGGCGUUGAUCGCACUGGUUUUUUCCAUCUUAAGGAUCAGUAUGAUGCAUUUUCGCUACUCCCAUGGUCUAGUUUUGAUUCUGAGCGAGCAUGGAUUUAUCAAGGUACCGAUUCUGAAAUGGACCUAGACGUACACUUGUAA